AAGCCCAGGGAGAUGCUGAGAAAAACAGAAGUCAGAGUGCAUUUCUAAACUGUGCUAAAAACAGGCAGGACCCAGAAUGAAUUUUUGUGUGAAUACACAUUUUCAGUCAGAAAACUUCGUUGCGUCAAGGAGAAACAUUGCUUAUCAGAGGAAAUCCCUGGUUGGCUCUCUGGGCAAAGACAAGAGAAAUUGUAAAGCUGGAGUUUCCCAGUGAGUCAGCACCAUCGGUAUGUUUCUGGAAAGGAAAGGCAGACCAUUUCCGAGAUCGCUUUCACUUUUGUUAUUUCUUAUGUCCAGAGAGCCUGCACAGCCAUGGCGGCUAAGAGAAUACAUGAAAGAGAUCCAAUCUACAAGAUCAAGGGUUUGGCCAAGGACAUGCUGGAUGGGGUUUUUGAUGACUUGGUGGAAAAGAAUGUUUUAAACAGAGACGAAUUACUCCGAAUAGGAGAAGGUGCAAGCUUCAUCCUUAACAACGCUGAGAACCUCGUUGAGAACAUCUUUGAGAAAACAGAAAUGGCAGGCAAAAUAUUUGCAGGCCACUUUGUCAAGUCCAAAAAACAGCUGAGAUUAAAAUUUCAUUCUGAUGAUGAAGAUGAUGAACCUCAGAAACUGACUAUACUGCCUUCUCCAUUAGACUCUGAAAAUGAAAUUGAAGACAACAAAGAUGAUGGACAAGCUUUAUUAGAGCAGACAUCUGCUUUAUCUCUGAUAGAAUGCAGAGGGGGGGAAGAAGAUGAAGAAACGAAGGCAAAUGCUGGCGUGGCCCAUGCAUCACACCCUAUGCUGACAGCUCCUCAGGAAAUUUUGAGCACAGAAGCCCAUGACACGUUGAAGCUUUGUCCUCACGAGCAGUUUUGUAAGAUGAAGAGAGAAAAGUCAAAAGAGAUAUAUCCAGUGAUGGAGAAGGAAGGCCGAACACGUCUGGCCCUCAUCAUCUGCAACAAAAAGUUUGACUACCUUUUUGAUAGAGAUGAUGCCGAGGUGGACAUUUUGAACAUGCAAGAACUACUUCAAAACCUUGGAUACUCAGUAGUAUUAAAGGAAAACCUUACAGCUCAGGAAAUGAAGACAGAACUAAUCGAGUUUGCUGGCCGUCCAGAGCACCAGUCCUCUGAUAGCACGUUCCUGGUGUUUAUGUCCCAUGGCAUCCUGGAAGGAAUCUGUGGAGUGAAGCACAGAAACAGGAAGCCAGAUGUUCUUCACGAUGACACCAUCUUCACAAUUUUCAACAACUCCAACUGUAGGAAUUUGAGAAACAAACCCAAGGUCCUCAUUAUGCAGGCCUGCAGAGGCAGUCAAGAUGGAAUGAUUUGGGUAUCCACAAGCAGAGGAAUAGCCACUGCUGAUACAAAUGAUGAGCGCAAGCUGAACUCUAAAUGGAAUAAGAGCAUAACAAAGGCCCAUGUGGAAAAGGAUUUUAUUGCUUUUAAGUCUUCUACCCCUCAUAAUAUUUCUUGGAAAGUAGGCAAGAGUGGGUCUCUCUUCAUUUCCAAACUCAUCGACUGCUUCAAAAAGUACUCUUGGUGUUAUCAUUUGGAGGAAAUUUUUCGAAAGGUUCAACACUCAUUUGAAGUCCCAGGGGAACUCACCCAAAUGCCCACCAUCGAGAGAGUAUCCAUGACACGGUAUUUCUACCUUUUCCCUGGGAAUUAACACUGGCAACACACGUGCAGUUCCAGUCAGGUAUUGCUGUUGGUGAGAGGAAGAGAAUACCAAGCUCCCUGGAUUUUUAAAUGUGGAAAAUUUUUCAGUUUAGACGUUUUAUAAAGUAUCAUAAAUCUGGAUAAUUUCUGAUAGGUUUUUUUUUUUGAAAGAAACCUGAAAUGUGAAAUUUUUCAUGAAAAGUAUAGACUAGCUCUUUCCUUCUGAGUCUUCACAGCUUUUAUUUCAUCUUCUGAAAUGUUGUAGUCACACAUCUGUACUAAGCGAAUGAAAGGAUGACACCGAAGAGCACGUGGACACCACCUUUUGGGGAACCACUUACACUUAUGAACUACGCAUCAUAAUUUACUCACAAAGCAGAUCUUCUCUGCAGCGGAGCUGAGAAAGGAAGAGUCCGUUACAUGCUGUCAUGUCGCUAGCAAUGGGAUGAGAUAUGGGAGACUCAGUUCCACUGUCUGUUUCUAUCAUGCAUGAUUUCUAUGCCUAGUGGCUGCUUAGCAUUCCUUUUAACUGGUUUGUGAAGAUAUACCUUACAAAGUUACAUUAUUUACAAAUUUGUUGUCUUAAUUUUUUUUGGACUAAAAAUGUUCUCACACAAACACAUUCAAAUUUCUGUCUGUAUUAUUGAAAAAAAAAAAACCCAAACAGAAAUGACAUGGUUAAAAGCAUUAAAGGUAAUUUUUGAUGCAAAAUAUUGUACAAAACUCUAUGCAGAGUUGGAUUCUUCAGGAAUAGAUUGUGAUGAAGCCUGGUUAUUUUUUUGCUAUCUUGAAAAUGUUAUAUCAUUCUUUUUAUUUCGUUGAGCCAGAAAUAAAAUCAGUGUUUAUUCUUUGCUUUAUAAA